UCUUCGCCAAGUCAAGUCUUUUUGAAUUUGCAAUUCUUAGAGAUGGCGUCCUUAGAAGAAAAGCUGGAUAAAAUCCGGUCGCCUAAUCUUCAGAGUCAGAAGCAGACUCAAGUGAUUCUGAAGGCAGUCGAAGAGACACUCCAGGAACAAAACACUCAACCAACCCCGACAGGAUAUUUUGCCGCUUUGUUGGCUCUCCUAGGCCAAUCCCUUCCAAAUGGCCAGGUUAACAAGGAAUUAACCCCCUCCGUCGUCUAUCUUCUCGACGUUAUCACGCCCUUUGCGCCGCAACCACUCCUACGAUCCAAAUUUACCCAGAUUCUUACGCUGUUAGCUCCUGUCUUACUCUUAGACGAUGCAGAUGCGCCGUUAAUUAGAUCUUCGAUUGGAUGUCUAGAGUCACUGCUUCUUGCCCAAGAUUUGGUAGCAUGGAAACUUCCGGCAAGCGAGAUAAGUCCGCGACGGGCGGUCGCCGGUCUCUUGAACCUUGCGGUAGAUCAUAGACCCAAAGUACGAAAGCGCGCUCAAGAUGCCCUGCGAAAGGUGCUUAGAAACCCUCCCCCGAGCCCUUCGUUGGACCAUCCGGCAGCGGAUCUAUGCGCCGAAACAGCAAUGAAGAGCCUAGCCGAAAUAGCCAAUAAAGUUGCAGCAUCCAGGAAACAAAAGAAAUCUGCUGCAGAACAUGACCCUGGCCUUAUACAUGCCUUACAACUCGUCAAAACAGUGGCAGUGGCGAGUGGUGGUUGGCCAAGCAAGAAUAUCGAGACUCUAUGCGAACUCCUGCUCAACAUUGCCAAGAGUGGGAACGAACACAUGACGAUGGCUGUCUUCGAGAUCUUCGAAAUGAUCUUCGAGGGCAUGGCGGAUGAGGUUGCGUCUACUAAACUUCCACGUCUUCUUGAGAUCAUCUCUGAGAUGCGCCCCUCCGCCAACGACACACAGUUACUUCCUCCUUGGAUUGCGAUAUUAUCUAGAGGCUAUGAUGUAUCUGCGCAAAUGGAACCCGAAGAGACCUUCCAAAAGCUUCCAGACCUAUUUAUUAUGGUAUCCGAAUUUAUGGAAUCUUCCUCACACAACAUCAGGAUCUCUGCGUCGGAGUGCUUGAUUUCGUUUAUGGCGAAUUGUAUUCCUGCUCAAGUCAUUGUCGAGCCUUCAAUCUAUGACGAGAAAGUCCUCGAGAAAAUAGCCAAGAUUGCCGAGAAUCUCUUAAGCGUAAAGUUUCAAGCAGCCUGGAUGGAGACUUUCAACGUUCUCGGUGCUAGUUUCGAUGCCCUACAAUGGCGUGCUAACCCAAUGAUGUUGAAUGUUGUGCGAACAAUCGGCGAGCUCCGCGGCAACGACUCUUUCAUGGGCAAGAAGGAAGCCGAUGAAGUGCUUGGCAAAGCAGUCCGAGCAAUGGGCCCCGAGUCUGUCCUAAGUGUUCUUCCCUUGAACCUCAUCAAGCCAGUCCAGGGACAACUUGGUCGAGCUUGGAUGUUGCCGAUCCUCAGGGACUAUACUGCCAACACAAACCUUCAACAUUUCAAGACCGAGUUAGUCCCUUUGAGUGAGGCCAUGUUUCAACGAGUUCUCGACAAUGGGGAAGCCGAAAAGACAAUGGAGAUUAAGAUAUAUGAAACCUUGGUACACCAGACCUGGUCUAUUCUACCUGGUUACUGCAAUCUACCCUUGGACCUGACAGUGGCAUUUGAUCAAGUGUUUGCAGAAAUGCUUGCCAACCUCUUAUACAGACAGGUUGAUCUCAGACUCGAUGUUUGCCGAGCCCUCAAAGCCCUCGUGGAGUCAAAUCAAAUUGUGGCAACAUCAGAGGAUGAUGAUGACUUGAUCAUCAAGUCCCGAGUUUCCAAAGAAGAUGCUCAAAAGAACUUGGUAUAUCUUGGAAACUUUGCGGGAAAUCUUCUAGCGGUUCUGUUCAAUGUCUAUAGCCAGACGCUUCCCCAAUCCAGGGGCCCUAUACUCCAAACUAUCAAUGCUUAUCUGAGUGUUACCCCUGAGAAAGAGUUGAUCAGUACGUUCGAUCGUGUCAGCACGAUGUUGGCUUCUUCCUUAGAAGAAACCAACGGCGAGGGAGGCAAGAACAAGAAUCAAAAGUCUAAGGACAAAAUGCCUUCUACAAGCCAAACCUUGAUGGAUUUGGUAAUUACGAUGUCGAUUUACCUUCCUCGCCAGAGUUUUGGAACACUCUUCAACAUCGCUGCGCUCAUUAUUGUUAAAGACGAUGACCCUCAGCUCCAAAAGAAAGCCUAUAAAUUAAUACCGCGUCUUGCCGACUCCGAGACUGGCAAAGUGGCCCUUGAAGAACGAACAGCAGAACUCCAGAACUUGAUACUAUCAAGUGCAGAAAAGGUCUCGGCCCCUGCGCGAAGAGAACGAUUAACGGCGAUCACUGCAUUAUUGCCAUCCAUUCCUGAAACCUCACUCCAUUUCAUUCCCUCGGUCCUAUCUGAAGUUGUCAUAUGUUGCAAAGAACAUAACGAAAAGGCUAGAACUUCAGCCUUUGAGCUCCUUGUUUUGAUGGGUCAGAAGUUGGCGGAAUCGAAGGGGAAGCUGAUUGAGAACAGUAAGGUUCCUCACAUGCCUAAUGAUGCGCCGGCCGUGCCCGCGAGCAUAGAAGAGUAUUUCACUAUGGUCAGCGCUGGACUUGCUGGAACUACGCCUCACAUGAUAUCUGCCUCCAUCACUGCUCUUACUCGAAUUCUUUACGAAUUUCGCGAGCUCGUCAGCCAAGAAGUACUAAGCGAUACUGUACAAACCAUGGAUCUCUUCUUAACCUCUAACAACCGAGAGAUCGUCAAGAGUGUCCUAGGCUUUGUGAAAGUGUGCACCAUUAGUUUGCCCACAGAGUUAAUGGUUCCUCGUCUGCCGACUAUGAUUCCCAACCUGAUGGUCUGGGCACAUGAGCAUAAGGGCCACUUCAAGGCGAAGAUCAAGCAUAUCCUAGAACGAAUGGUUCGUCGGUUUGGCUUCGAUCCUAUCAACCGAAACUGCCCCGAAGCGGAUCGGAAGUUGAUAGCCAACAUCCGUAAGACUAAGGAGCGUAGUAAGAGGAGAAAGGACGCCGCCAAGGAAGCAGGCAAUGAGGAAGAAGGCAAUCAACCGGAUGAGAAACGACGAGGUCGGUUCGAGAGUGAAUAUGACGAGGCGUUGCAUAGCAGCGAGGAGUCUGAUGACUCCGAUGACUCCGACGCCGAGGUUCUCGGAAAGUCACGAAAGGCCCAGAAAGGCGGCUCUACGUAUAUCUUGGAAGAUGAGGAUGAGCCGCUCGAUCUUCUGGGCCGCAAGGCACUCGCCAGCAUUUCUUCUACGAAGCCCGGCAAACUGCGCAAGGCAGGCAGGACCAAGGCUAAGACUGACCUGGAUGGCAAGCUGAUCCUAGGCGAAGACGAUGAUGGCGACGAUGCUAUGGUUAUCGACACCCCUAAAGAUGGCGGUGACCAGGGCGGCGUUGGAGCGUACGUCGCGGCUCUCAAGAGCAAAGAUGCCGGGCGUAGAGGCCGGGGUGGACGUCUGAAGUUCUCUAAUAAGCGAGGCAAGGAUGAGGAUGAGGAUGAAAUGGAUGUUGACGAGAAAGAUGUAUCCGCCAUUAAAACGCAGAUCAGCAGAGGUGGUAGGGGUGGUAGAGGCGGCUUUAACGCACGGGGAGGUCGUCCUACGGGCGAUGGGGGCAUGCGUGGCGGUGGUGGAAUGCGUGGCCGCGGGGGCGGGAUGCGCGGAGGUGGUGGGAUGCGCGGAGGGAGGAGCGGAAGGGGGGGCAUUACCAACGGGCGACGUGGGCUCGGGCAAGAAAAGAGUCGUGGCACAGGCUUCGGUGGUAGGGUUGGAAAGCCUAAGUCUCCUGGCAGGAGAUAAAGUGGCCUCUCGAAGAUGUUGGUACCUGGUUCGUGUUUGAUACCCAUUCGCAGUAUACACUUGGAUGGAUACUAAGUGGUUUGUUGAUGGUUUAUGGCGUAAUUAGAGACGGAAUCAUGAAUAAGGGACCCCUUUAAAAACUAAGUACCUAGCACAUGAAAAACAAAAUCAUGACGAAGGUACGAAGUAUGAGAUUCGUCAAUGUUCUUUACAUAAUACGGGGCUUAGAGUACUCAGUACGGGGCUUAGAGUAAGUAUGGGGCUUAGACUCAACUUUCGGCUCCAACGGGC